AUGGCUGCCAAACAUAGACAACCUUCAUCCCACCCACCUCAGCCUGCCCAAUCGAAUCCUCCACGUCGAUCACUGAGGCAAGGGCUCAAAGAUGUGUUUCUCCGAACUCUACGAAGAUCGUCCGAGCCCCAGGCUGAGACACUCUCCCUUGGUUCUGGAAUAUUGCGGCGGGCAGAAUCAUCCGGGUCCUUUUUCCCUUCGACGACCACAUUCUCCUCCUUCAUCGAAUUGCCCGUGAGUCGAUCGAGUCUUGAAGGAUAUACCAUCUCGCGGGCCAUUCCCAACCGAUUUCAGUCCACCACGCACGUAUCGCCACGCAAAUCGCCUGGCCGCCAGUCACUACUUCCUGCCACAAGCCUCAGUCAGUUCAACCUCCAUCAAUCUUACCUUCACCCAUCUACCGGUCCACAACGAGCAGUCCACGAUGCCAUGGCGUCUCCGUUGUUAUCUGUUGCGAGUCGGCAAGCGAGUAUGGCCAGUUUCUCUACCCUGUCCACCGUUUCCAGUGCUUCCACACUGAGGAUCCAGGAGUCUCGUGACGUGCUUGCGCCACCAAGAGUGGGAGCGAGUUCGUAUCGGAACCCCCAGGCACCAGCGAGCAAGCGUCAAACCAAACAUGUCUCGUGGCUGCAUUCACCCACAGCGAGUUCUGUCUCGAUGGCGGAUUCCGCCAAACAGAGUGACGAUCCAAUCGGCCUCAGACUGGUUGAGCAUUUCAAGUCGUUUUGCAUUCUCGACACCGCCGUGGCUGGACUCCCCGUUAUCGCCACGUCCAAAGAACUUCGCUACAUUUUUGAGGUGGGGGAACAUUUCUUCCUUAACAACCGUGAAUGCGAAGGUGCCUCGAUGGACAUUGUAACUGGUCAAGAUGCUGCAGGUGAUCCAGUUACUCACCUUGUGUUAUUCACACCCCUCAUCAUUCCCAGCAGUGGGCGCAGCAGAUUCAUGCUAGCUUGCCUGAUCGACGUCACCCAGUUCAUUAACGACACGGCGUCACUUCCAGAACUCGACCACGAACACGACACAUCCACCAUAGAAAGCGAAGUGCAGACGCCGGUGCAGGAUCGGAAGGAUCUCAGUUGGACUGGCCGCAGCUACAAACUCUCUGCCGAGGAUCUCCUUGGCGGCUGCAUGUUACCUGGCGACCGAGAAAAGGCAAUGAGACCACCCGAGAAAGACGAGCCGUCAGAAGAUAUUUGGCUGAAUUUGGCGAACGAGGAAAGGAGCAGAAGAUCGUCAAAAAGGAACGCAUCCAGCUCGACGCCGAAGAUCAACCAGGUUGCAAGAUCAAAUGCAUCGCACACGUCGACGGCUAGCAGUACCGUGGAUGAGGUAUUGGACGAGUUUAUGGGCGACCUGCAGGAGCUCUAUUCGGAUUUCUUCCUUUUAGGCAAAUCUCCACUUGAUGACACCUGCUUCGAGAUUUGCAACGUUUCACCUCUGCUCUACUCAACAAGAGAAUAUAUCAACGGACACCUUUCUCACACGGGUGCGCAGCAAAUGGCCGAGUUAAGCGUAUCUCUAGCUGGAGAUACGCCAUUCAACAUGCACGUAAAAUGGGGCCCACAGGGACUGGACAAGCGGAUGUAUUGUAGUCCAAUGUAUUCGGCAAACUCCAUCACGUGGAUUUGUUUCCUCGUGGAUUACCGGAUGCCAUUGAUGUGGUAG